AUGUCGGCCCGUCUCUUCCUCAAACUCAUCCUGUUCCUUAUGAACUUCAUGUACUGGCUUCUCGGCGGCACGACAUUCCUUAUGGGCCUCUAUUUGUUCAUAGUGAGGGAGCGCAUCCUACGGCGCUACGUCGACCUAACCUUCGAUCCCGCCGUGUUCUUCAUGGCGUUGGGCUCCGUCAUGUUCCUGCUCGCCACCUGUGGCUGCGUCGGCGUCCUGCGCGAGAACGUCCGCCUGCUGUGUGUCUACUGUUCCGCCCUGACCCUUCUACUGAUGGUCGCCAUCGCCGUAGCGCUCCUCGCAUUCCUCCUGCCGAGUCUCAGCGUCCGAGGACGGCUUCCCAUCGAAACUACUCUUCGGAGGGCCAUAGUGAUCUACAGGGACGACCCGUCCCUCGAAGAACUGAUCGACCUACUACAGUCAUCCCUGCGUUGUUGCGGCUUAACGUCCAACGGUUACCUGGACUGGCGCUUCAACGCUUACUUCAACUGCUCGACCUGGAAUUACAGUCGCGAGCGAUGCGGCGUGCCCUAUUCGUGUUGCAAGGACAUCGGACGGUUACCCAACGUCAUGUGCGGUUACGAUGUGACGGACGUGUCGAAGACAAACUUGACGGCGGUGGAGCAGCGUAUUUACACGGGCGGCUGUCUUCGUGCCAUCGAACACCUUGUGCGGGAGAACGGAGUGCUGGUCAGCGUCUUGUCGGCAGUCACGGUAGGGUCGCUCGCUGUGGGUCUGGCGUCCUCUUGGGUCUUGCUGGACUCUAUCAAGGCAACGCGGAUUCGAGCCCAAGCUAACCAUUGCGAUUUAGGAGAGGACCUCAAAGAACGACGAUGCAACUAUUUAUACUAG